UAUUUGUGCAGAAUCUGUUUUGUCUUGAACUGAACGGAUCGCUGGAUCGUGGAUCGCUGUAUUCUUUUUCCCAAUAACGAUUCUCUACUAUUACUAUCACCACAAGAUUCAGUCAAGAUCAAAACGCACAUUGACGAUAAAAAGAUUCUAGAUAUGAAAAUAUGUAGGUUUAGAAAUCUCAUGCAAGAUAGCUAACCGAAUAAAAUGAAAUUGCGAGUUACCCUUUGAGUUCAGCACUGCUAAGUUUCUCAACAAUGGAGACUUUAGCUACUGCCACACAAGAUGACAGUUCAGGGGCAAAUCCGAGCAGUGUCAAGAGUGACGAUAGCAGCCCUCGACACGAGAGUGGUCGGGGCUCUCCUCCCCCAAACUGUGCUAUAUGCUUAGGAACAUGCCGUAAUAAUUCUUUCACCGACUCCUGCUUACACCAGUUCUGUUUUAAAUGUCUAUUAACCUGGAGCAAAGUAAAGCCAGAAUGUCCGCUGUGCAAACAGACUUUUCGUUCAAUAAUACAUAAUGUGAGAUCAAAUCAUCAGUAUGAAGAAUAUAUGGUUGAACAAAGACAGACGGAGGAUGCUGUGGAAAGGAUAGACAUAAAUACACUAACAUCAACACGUAGGUUUAGAUACAGGACGACGCUGACGCUGCCGCGGCGCGAGUCGCUGGCCAUCCAGCAGCUGCUGCUGCAUUACCCGAUGAUGGCGGAUGUGCUGCCAGCCCCGCGCCCCACUCCCCGCGCCCCGCGCCGCCGCUCGCCCGCCUCCUUCCGCCGCACCGUGUAUCGCCAUAACCUCUGGGCACGACCUCUUCCCGACUUCACGGGACGAUUCAGGGACUGUUCGCCUUUAUUUUAUAGGUAUAAUGAUUCACAAGUGCAUCGAUUAGUACCAUGGCUCUCUCGAGAACUUCAUUAUUUAUUAAAUGAGAACCUGGGGCACAUAUCCUAUGUGAUAACGAGGAUCCUGGAGCUCCUGCCCCAGUACCACAUAAACUCUCCGGAGUUCAGGGAGGCGAUGCUCCGGUACUUCGGCGACAGGACCGACCACUUCUUGCACGAGCUGUACUGCUUCGCUUCCACGCCCUACGACAUGACCGGCUACGACCGCAACGUGCAGUACACCACCGACACUAGGAUAUCUACCAUGGUCAAUGAGGUCAUAUCCAGUUCCGAAUCGGAAGCGAGCACGGACUCCGACAUCGUUAUGGUGUCGAGCUCCGAGCCGGCGGAGCAGCCCCCGGGACCCUCCAGAGUGCCCGCUCCCGUCUAUCCUCAAAACUACAUUCCAGAGCCUACGACAAACAACGUCAUACCUAUUGAGACCUUAUCGCAUACAGACACAGACGACGAUUCAUCGGAAGUUAUGGUCGUAGGAUACAUUAAACCACCUCAGGACAGGACUCCCGAAGUGGUCGAUUUACUCGGAUCGGAUAGCGACGUGAUCGUUCAGGAAAACGUGCCGGAAACGUCCCAAAGCCACGACGCGCCGGAAAGUAGACCUUCCGGAUCACUAGUUAAAUUAAGUUUAAAGAGACACAAGGCUCCAGUGUCGGACUCCGACAGCGAUAAUGACGCCCACGUACCUCCGCCCACCAAGCGCAAGUGCCGACAUCGCUCCAACGACACGGCGACCACCUCUGACACGUGCCGUACCACGCCCUCGCCCGCGCCCGCCUGCCCGCACGGGUACCCGCCCGCGCCCUGGCCCGCUCCUAUGCCCUGGCCCGCUCCUAUGCCCUCGACCACCGCCUCCUCCACCAGCAGCGAGCCCAGCGCCUGGUCCAGCGGAGAGACUUACUUUUCCACCAACAAGAGAAAAAGAUUGCACAAGAAGAAGCCCAAAAAGAAAAGUAAAGAGGCAUCCAGUGAGAAGAGUAAGAAGAAACCAAAAAAGCGGUCAACACGACAGCCAAAAGAAAAGAAUGCCACGAAUUCUACAGCAGACAAUGAGAAAAGCAAAAAGCGAAAAUCGGAUUCUGGAAAAGGAGUGAAAUCAUCUAAAAAGGCGGCUGCGAGUGCGGCGGCCGCCGCUGCGGAGGCGAGCGCACCGGCCGCCGACCUGCCCGGCACCAGCGGCGCCUCCGCCCGUAGGAACCAGGACAAAGACAGGAAGGCAGACAGUCGUAGACCGGAGCGAGAGAAUAGAAGACUGAAAAGUGUUGUGAAUGUCGUAAACGGCCACAAGAAUACGAGUGAUACAAACUCAAGUGCCAGCCCGCGUGCGAAUGAUACUAGUGCGGUGAUAAAUUCUGUUGUAGCGAAUACUAGCUCGUGUCAACGUUCCGUCAAAGUGGAUGUGGGUCGACGGACUGUGAUCACGCAAAGGUGUGAGCCGCAGUCGGCCGCCAAAUACGAUACUGACGGAACUUCGGAUUCGGAAGACGAUCUACCCUUAAAUCUGACUGUGAAAAGGAGCGCGUGUUCUUGAGUAUAAUUAUUACAAAUAUAUGUUUAGCGUUAUGCUAACAUUUGAACGGGUUACCGAGGACUAGAAGUGUGCUGGAUUACGAAUACAAUGAUUGUUUACUUGAAUACAGAUCCGCCGAAUUCAUUUUACAAAAUUAGUAGCUUUAACCAUAAUUUAAGUUUAAUUUAUUCAUCUGGCACACUUCAAUAAGCAUUUGUUGCAUGAAUCGCCAUCUGAGUUUGUAUAUCAUAUUAAUAUUGUAAAUAUAUUCUUAACCUAUUCUACUUAAUUAUUUGGUUAAUUAUAUGAUCAAAACAUACUAUGAAUUGUACUUGUUGAAUUUAAUUUUGAAUAUUAAAAAGCAAAAAAAAAAAGUAUUAUUACAAUGAGUAUUGAGAAAAUUGCUAUAUUACAUUAUAUUGACACAAGACAUCCUUUUGAACAUAACUACUCUAUGAAAAAUAAAAUUUACCUAUUGAACAUCUUGAAAUUAUAUUUCUUAAUAUUGCAUAUUGUUAAUUUACGGGUAAUACAGACAAUGUACUAUAUAAAUGAACUAAUGGUUGUUCUGAUGUGGUGGAGCAUUGCGCAGUUAAUUGCAAAAACAACUGGAUUGUAAACAUAUUGUAGGCCCCGGGGACGCGUAGAUCUGCGAUAUCAAGUAUGGUACAACGUCGUAGGGGCUUUGUGAAAUAAAUGUACAAUAAAAAUC